CCCGCGCCCGGUGUCGGCGGCUCCCCGUGGGGCCGCGGCGGGGCCGAUGGAGGUGGCCGGGCGGGACGGCUGCGCCCCGCUGCAGGACAAGCUGCGGAUCCUGGAGGACCUCAACAUGCUCUACAUCCGCCAGAUCGCCCUCAGCCUCGAGGACACGGACAUCCAGAAGAAGAUUGACCAUGAGAUCCGGAUGCGGGAGGGGGCCUGCAAGCUGCUGGCUGCCUGCACGCAGCGGGAGCAGGCGCUGGAGGCCACCAAGAGCCUCCUGGUGUGCAACAGCCGCAUCCUGGCCUACAUGUCGGAGCUGCAGCGCAUGAAGGAGGUGCAGGUGAUGCAGCGCGUGGCCAGGCGCCCCUCGGACGCUGGCCCCACAGAUGACCGCCUGCCCUGCCGGGGCAGGGUCUGCAUCUCAGACCUGCGCAUCCCGCUGAUGUGGAAGGACACGGAGUACUUCAGGAACAAGGGAGAGCUGCACCGCUGCGCCGUCUUCUGCCUCCUCCAGAUCGGGGUGGAGAUCUACGACACCGAGAUGGUGCUGGUGGACCGGACCCUCACCGACAUCUGCUUUGAGAACGCCGUCCUCUUCACGGAGGCCGGGCCGGACUUCGAGCUGAAGGUGGAGCUGUACAGCGCGGGGCUGGAGGAGGAGGCGCCGGGCAGCGCGCCCAAGAAGCUGGCCAGCAAGCUCAGCAGCUCCCUGGGCCGCUCCUCGGGACGCCGGCUGCGCACCGCCAUGGACGGGGGCCCCGGCAGCCCCGGCGGUAACGGUGGCAGCGGCCCCCUGCUGCUGCCGGCCCCCAGCGUGCCGGGCCCCAAGUAUCACCUGCUGGCGCACGCGGUGCUGUCCCUGGCCGAGGUGCAGGACGGUUUCCGCACCCACGACCUCGCCAUCGCCUGCAAUGAGGAGAGCUCCUUCUGGCUGCCGCUGUAUGGCAGCAUGUGCUGCCGCCUGGCCGCCCAGCCCCGCUGCAUGGCCACCCAGAUGAUGUGCGGCUUCCUCAAGGUGCAGCAGGCAUCGGGGGAGCCGCAGGGCUGGGCUCGGCUGUUCUGCGUCCUGCGCGGCACCAACCUCCUCUGCUACCGGCGCCCGCAGGAGGCUGAGGCGGGCGUGGAGCCGGCGCUCACCAUCGCCAUCAACAAGGAGACCCGGAUCCGUGCCACGGAGCAGGAGGCGCGCGGGAAGCUGCACAGCAUGUCCGUCACCAACCGCUACGGGGCCGAGGAGGUGACCCACACGCUGCUGGCCGAGAGCCGUGCCGAGACGCAGCGCUGGAUGGAGGCCUUCUGGCAGCACUUCUACGACAUGAGCCAGUGGAAGCAGUGCUGCGACGAGCUGAUGCGCAUCGAGGUGCCGCCGCCACGCCGGCCGCCUGCCCCGCUGCCACGGCAGGGCUCGCUGUACCACGAGAUGGCUAUUGAGCCGGCCGACGACAUCGAGGCAGUGACGGACAUCCUGACGCGGCGGGCGGCGGGGCUGGAGGGGGGGCCGGGGCUGGGCUGCCCCCCCUGGCUCUCCCUCUUUGAGGGGCCCCCCCUGUGCGCCACCCCCCCCAGCGGGGUCAGCCCCGGCCCCCGUGCCCGCCCCCGCACACUCUCGCUCGACGCCAAGCUCAGCACCCUGAAGGGGCGGGGGGCCCGGCGCGCCCCCUCCCCGCACCCAUCGCCCGGCUCCAGCUCCUCCAGCCCCGGCAGCAGCAGCCCGGACACGGAGCGUGCGCCUCCCCCCCCGAGCCUGCCGGCCCCCCCCGGGUACCUCCAGUCCCAGGUCUGAGCCCGGGACCUACAGGAGGCUCAGGGGCGGGGGGCCCUGUCCCCCCCCCGGGGGGGCUGACACCACAGGGGACCUGUCCUGGGAGGCAGUGGGGGGUCCCAGGGGUCCCUGGCCCUGCUGGGGGCUCAGAGCUUCUUUCCUUGGGGAGAAACUGGAAUUUACGGUGCCCUGUGCCGGGGGGGAGUGGGGGGGCUUGGGGCCAAUGCCGCCACUGCAGGGGGCAUUUGGGGCUGACCCCCUCCAAGGGGUGCUCGGGGCUCACCCCACCAUGAGCAGGUGUGGGCCCAGCCCCCGGGGGCCAGAGCCCCCCCACUCUGCUUUCCUCACCGUUCCUAACCCUGGCCCCGCUGCACCCCGUGGGGACCAGCUGACGCCACCUCAUUCAUGUGCAUUAAAAUUUAUUUAACAGCCA